ACAUUUAAAGUAUUUAUAUGUAAUUUAUUACAUUAAUUUCUACGAUUUUCCUAAUUUUUUCGCUAUUUUACUUGGGGACAGUAAUGGUUACGAGUAGCAGCUAGCAUAAAGCUUUUAUGUUGAAAACAUAAAACCGGAAGUUGCGUUACGUUGUGACGCUGUCUAGCAGGUGAAUGUUUUUACUCCUUGAACUGUAGUUAUUUCCCUCCUGUCAUAUCAGCAGCCCGGGGCGAAAACUAUCAGAUAUCCUCUGUUGUUCGGUGGACUGGAUGGAACAUAGCGACAGAUGGAGCCGAGCCGAACCGGGCCUGUCUACGUCAUCCCGGGAAACGAGAGACGGCAGCACCCAGACCGACUGCAAGUUACAAGGCCAUGGUCCCAGGCUGUCAAAGGUGAACCUGUUUACUCUACUCAGCCUAUGGAUGGAGCUGUUCCCUCAGGAGCAGGAUGAGGAAAAUGGGCAGAGUCAGAUCCGUAGAAGUGGUUUGGUGGUGGUACGGGAAGGGAAAGUGGUGGGACUUCACUGUUCAGGAGCUGAUCUCCACGCAGGACAAGCAGCCAUCCUCCAACACGGUGCCAGUCUGGCCAACUGUCAGCUGUUCUUCUCCAGGAGGCCUUGUGCCACCUGCCUCAAGAUGAUCAUCAACGCUGGAGUCCGUCAGAUCACCUUCUGGCCUGGAGACCCUGAGAUCAGCAUGCUGACCUCAAACCAAACACACUCUCAGAGGACCUCCCAGUCGAUAACAGAGGCCUCGUUAGAUGCCACCGCAGUGGAGAAGUUGAAGUCCAACAGCCGUCCUCAAAUCUGUGUGCUGAUGCAGCCGCUGGCGCCCGGCGUGCUGCAGUUUGUUGAUGAGACGUCUCGAAGGAGCGAUUUCAUGGAGAGGAUGAUGGAUGAUGAUCCAGAGCUGGACUCUGAGAAGCUCUUCAACAGUGAUCGCCUGAGACACCUGAAAGACUUCUGCAGACAUUUCCUGAUCCAAACGGAUCAGCGGCACAAAGACAUUUUGAGUCAAAUGGGUUUGAAGAACUUCUGCGUGGAGCCCUACUUCUCCAACCUGAGGAGCAACAUGACGGAGCUGGUGGAGGUGCUGGCUGCAGUGGCUGCUGGGAUGCCACAGCAACACUACGGCUUCUACAGAGAAGAGUCUCUGUCUCUGGAUCCCCACCCUGUGGACGUGUCUCAGGCGGUGGCCCGCCACUGUAUCGUCCAGGCCAGGCUUCUGUCCUACAGGACAGAGGAUCCCAAAGUGGGAGUGGGCGCCGUCAUCUGGGCUAAAGGGCAGUCGGCCUGCUGUUGUGGGACAGGACGUCUGUAUUUGAUUGGUUGCGGGUACAACGCCUACCCUGCUGGCUCAAAGUAUGCCGAGUACCCCCAGAUGGACAACAAGCAGGAGGACAGAGAGAGACGCAAAUACAGAUACAUCGUCCACGCGGAACAGAACGCCCUGACCUUUAGGACGAGGGACAUCAAACCAGACGAGUGCUCCAUGCUGUUUGUUACCAAAUGUCCGUGUGACGAGUGCAUCCCUCUGAUCAGAGGAGCCGGAGUCAAACACAUCUACACCUCAGACCAGGACAGGGACAAAGACAAGGGGGACAUCUCCUACCUGAGGUUCGGCAGCCUGAAGGGCGUCUGCAAAUUCAUUUGGCAAAGGAGUCCCCCCGUGUCCUCAGCGUCGUCUCUUCACCUCACCAACGGGUGUGUUGGGAAGCACGUCCGGCAGGCUGAGCAGCAGAUCUACAAAAACAAGAAGCUGUGCACCAAAGGCUCCAGCGGUUCCUCCGAUAUCUGCUGAACAUCAGACGAAUCCGUCCAGCAUGAACCACCAAACGGCGUUGGCUCUGCAGGUUCUGGAAGCUUCUGUUUCUGUUGUUCUUCUGAAACUGUGACAUGUAGAUGUUUGUUUUAUUUUACUAUACAAGUGAGGACUUGG